AUGCAACAAGCAGAGCCGCCCAGCACCGCUUCAGCACCUGCUUCAAGUGCAGCGGUCAGGCGACUGCGACGAGACCUGGAGUCCUUACAAGUCUCGGGCAAUCCCCAAAUACUAGUGCGGCCAUCAGAGGAAAGCCUUCUGGAAUGGCACUUUGUUCUUCAUUCGCUGCCAGAUGACACUCCAUACAGCAAAGGCUGCUACCAUGGCAAGAUCCUUUUUCCUAGCAGCUACCCGCAUGCCCCUCCAGCGAUUGUGAUGAUCACACCGAGUGGCAGAUUGGAGACUGGCAAGCGGCUUUGCCUCAGCAUGACAGACUUUCAUCCAGAGAGCUGGAACCCAGCAUGGUCCAUUGAGACCAUUCUUGUGGGUCUCUUGUCUUUCUUCAUCUCCAACGAGAAAGGCUAUGGUUCGGUGCAGGCACCAGACGAGCACCGUCGCGAUCUUGCAAUGUCCUCCUGGGAAGCGAAUGCUGCCUCAGAAACUUUCGUGGCACUCUUUCCCGAGUUCAAAAAUACCAGCGUCCUUGUCCAGGAGGCAGGUGAGGAGCCUGGUGCGGACUUAAACGAAGUUGACACCAGAGAUCUGAUACAUGAGUUGCCUGCUGAUGCUGUACCGGACUUGGAGGCUGCAGUUUCUGAGGAGCCGACUGAGUGUUGGAUCUGUCGCGACACAACCUCCGAGCCAUUAAUUCAGCCAUGCCUGUGCCGUGGCUCUAUGAGCGGCGUUCAUGCUAGCUGUGUAGAGGAAUGGAUCCGACACCAUCGACGGACUGCGACCAACGAUUCGCCACCGCAAUGCUCUGUGUGUCACCAGCCAUAUCAUGGCUCUGAGAGGAUACCGGGUGUACGGGACUUUGUGCGACACAAGUGCCGUGACUUCGGUAUGCAGUGCAUCAGAACGCUCCUCCUGGUUCUUUUGCUCAUGACCUACCAGGUGAGUGCCCUGAACAGCAGCAGCUUGCAUUUAUCGCUUCCUGUGCGUAUCCUGGGCAUAUCUGCUUUCUCAGCGCUGGCGCUAUAUCGAUUCUUGGUGUUAUUGGUCUCGCUGCCUCCCUAUCGCCUGCCUCCGACAAGCAGAGUUUUACUCAAGUUGUUCAUUGCGGACCCAAAGCUCCUGGCCCUGCACAUUGCAGAAGCCUCUGCCACUGUCACUGUAAUGGCAUUUUGGUGCAUCUCUGGCUUCAUGACCUGGCCAUACUUUGUUCCAUUCGGUGUUGCUGCUGGGCUGCUGUUGAUCAAGCUUGCCUGCAGGCAGCCCUCAGCUGACUGCUUUGGGCGAUUUGGGCGCAUCCUGCUUUGCAUCAUCUUGUCCCCGGCCAUCCUUCUUUGGGGUCUCAUCUUGCUCAUCAGGAAGUAUCCGCAUCUUGUGCUUCACCCUCUUGGUCCUGGACCACACUUGAUUCUAGCCAUCGCAGUGAUUCCAAUGGCCCUCACGCUGCAGUCCAAUUUACCCCUGCUGAUUCUUUGGGGGACACACAGCAUAGCGCUCAUCCUGGGUCUCGCAGAGCUCUUUGCACUGAAGCGCUUCCGCUGGAAGCGUGGCGUGGCGUGGGGCUUCGUCGUUCAGGCCACCUUGCUGGCGUGCUAUUUGAGCAACAUUUGCGUGUUCCCCGCAGGAAUUGGCGAUGCCAACCAGUCCACAUUCAUUGUUGCAGGCAGCUCUGUGGCGUGGAUGUGCCUGAUGUUCGGCCUGUGCCUGAAGAUAAACUGGGAGCUGUGCAUGCAGUACUAUCGCACGUGGCAGCGACGCCAUGGCAGCUUCACUUUGAACACUGCAGCAGAAGGAGCUAUCCAGUGA